CAGGCACAGCGGUAAGGUAAAUUAGCCCUGCUUUACUCCCCUACCUUCUAUCUCGUAGUCUAUUUUGGGAAGUGUGGAUGCAUGGCAGCGCAAUGAACUCUUGAAACACACAUGCGACCCAGCCGUUUUAAAGGCCUGGUAUCCCCUCAUAAUUCGACAUCUUGCCGGCAAAGAACCAGGUGUUGUCUAUUCUUCGUUUCGUUUUCGUGUCCUUCAUUUCGAACCAGGGCUUGGUGCUGUGCGCCUACUUUAUAUCCACGGUCUUUGAUCUCUUCAGCCUGCUAUCGUUACUCUCUAUCAUAUCUGUAUCUUGAAAACGACCCACAAUCCAGACGAUACGUUCGAAAACAUACACAAAAACAAGAUGAAGAUCAACCCAGCCCCGUUCCACCUGGCGCAAGCCGUCUUCACCGGCCUCGUUGUUGUGCUCAGUAUUGCCAUUCUGGGAACUUCGGCGCACACUCUCGAUGUGUUCAAGAAGCAACAAACCUCCAACCCAUGGUGGUUACCGAUGUGGCCACAGCAUUUCGAUACCCAAGGCACGAAAGGCCUCGUCGCUUCAUCUGUAGUAACGCUUGUAUUCUCUGGAGCUUUUCUCGUCAUGUCUCUGGUGCCCAAGUUCGCCCUCCGUCAAAAAUAUACCCUCCGCGCGCUCCUAUCCCUUGCUACAACUCUGCCUUCUAUGAUCCUCGCCCUUAUCACCGUCAUCUGGGCCCAUAUCCUCAACAACAAUGCUCCUGAGUUCGAGACCAUCCAGACCUGGACCUGCAAGUACAAGAACGGGAAGCCGCUCAAGCAAGACAUUGCCGUAUCGUCGAAUGUGGGCAAUUCGAACUUCGGCAGCCUGUGUAACGAGAGCAAGUUUGCGUUGUAUGGGACGCUGAUAGUGUUUUUGUUGUUGGGUUUGAGCAUGGUGAUUACGAUGGUCACUUGGUUGGCGGAUAAGUGGGUAAGCAGACAGGCGAGGAAGGAAGAGGUGGCUUCUGUGGAAGGGGGUGAGAAGACGGAGAUGAGCUUGUGAGGGAGGGCAAGCUGAUUAGUGGUUGGAGGCAUGAUGAGUCUGGAGGACGUCUCGAGGCGUGAACGACUUGGUGCGUAUUGGCGUUGGGUUUCAUGAACGCUAUUUGAGAUACGGGAUAUGGUCCGAUAUGGAAGGAACGAUCGAAUCGUGUCGUCUAGCUAAUACUAUUCUUUUCGAG